AUGAGAACUGAUCACGCAGCUCUCCAGUGGCUCAAGACUGUUAGAGCGCCUGAAGGGCAAUUGGCAAGAUGGCUAGGCUUGCUUGAACAAUAUGACUAUCGCAUGGAACAUCGUCCUGGCAGGAUCCACGGCAAUGCUGAUUGUCUUAGUCAGCGUCCCUGUGAACCUGGCUGUGGACAUCACUGGACCAUUGCCCACCACAACCUGGGGCAACCAUUACAUCUGUGUUGCUAUGGAUUAUUUCACAAAGUGCCUGAAGCUUACGCUGCUCCCAACCAUGAGGCAGAAACCAUGGCGGAGAUACUGGUUAAGCGGUUGUUCGUUAGAUUUGGGAUCCCAGAUGAGAUACAUUCAGACCAGUGUCGAGAAUUCAAGGUCCAGGUCUUCCAGGAGUGCUGCCAGCUGCUAGGCCUGCGCAAGAUAAGAACAACUCUUUUGCAGUCUCAUUCAGAUGGGAUAGUGGAAAGAUUUAACUGCACUCUCAUACCAGAACUGGCUAUGUACUGUACGGCCAACUGGGACCACAGACUCCACACUCUCCUCAUGGCCUGCUGA